CUUCUACAGACAUUCGAUAAAAUCAGGAACUUCACAUACAACUCAGGAAGAAGUUCACCUCAGAACCUAUUAGGGCAAACUAUGAAAACUUGUUAGGGUCUUUCUCCUGACCUGAGGUCCAUCACUGCGAAGGGACUUCUCGGAGUCCAAGGAUCUCACGUUUUCCUUUUUUUUUUUCUUUCUUCUUUUUUUUUAUUUUUUUUUUGUUUCAUGUGACUUUCUGAAGUCAAUCAUUCUGGAUGUUUGAAAACUGAAUUAAGAAAAAUUCAUUCAGAACUUGGCUGAAUGUUGCAAGCUUGCAAAAUGGAAGGAUUUCCCCUCAUUCCCCCUCCCUCUGAAGAUAUGGUACCCUAUGAGUCAGACCUCUACCGACAGCCCCAUGACUACUACCAAUAUCUCAACAGUGAUGGAGAGAGUCAUGGUGAUCAUUACUGGGAAUAUCAUCCACACCACAUGCACAGUGAGUUUGAGACCUUUGGAGACAAUCAUUUCACAGAACUGCAGAGUGUACAGCCUCCCCAGCUGCAGCAGCUGUACAGGCACAUGGAGAUUGAACAAAUGCAUGUCUUGGAUUCUGCAAUCCCAACCACACACAUUGGACUCAACCAUCAGGUGUCCUAUUUGCCCCGGAUGUGCCUACAGUACUCCUCUCCACCACAGCCCAGUUCUGAUGAAGAGGACAUAGAAAGGCAGAGCCCCCCAUUGGAGGUAUCAGAUGGGGAGAAUGAUGGUGUGGACCCUGGGCCUGGAAUUAUGCAUGGAGAAACAGGCAGCAAGAAAAAGAUACGUCUGUAUCAGUUCCUUCUGGACCUUCUUCGCAGUGGAGAUAUGAAGGACAGCAUCUGGUGGGUGGACAAGGAAAAAGGUACCUUCCAGUUCUCCUCCAAACACAAAGAAGCAUUGGCGCAUCGCUGGGGCAUCCAGAAAGGCAAUCGCAAGAAAAUGACCUACCAGAAGAUGGCACGGGCUUUGAGAAACUACGGCAAGACAGGGGAGGUCAAGAAAGUCAAGAAGAAGCUGACCUACCAGUUUAGUGGAGAGGUGAUGGGCAGGGGGGUCACUGAGAGGAAGCAUUAUCCUCACUGAGGCCAUGGGACCCUAAGCAAGAAAUAUAUUAAGACCUCCUGGCUGGACACCAGCAAAGGAGAUGGACCCAUCUUUCUCUUUGCUUCCUGUGCCCCCUUCUCUGCCUUUAGAGGGCCUUUACCGUCAGGUGUUUCUGGUACGAAUUCCCUUCUUCAGCAUCUGAAAAUCCUAAACAUGACAGAAUUCUUUGCUUCCAUCCUACAGGUUGGACAGAGUUGGGAAAUUUAAACAAUGUACAAAUAUAUUAUUGUUAGGAAAGAUUUUUUUGAUUGUAUUGUAACUAAAGAAUACAGCUGAUGAAGUUUUGCCUUCAAAGGUGGUGCUGUGUCAUUCACAGUGACACUGCAUUAGCUUACAGCUUUCAAACUAGCAUUAAUACAGGCUCUGCCGCAGCUCUCAAAGCUAGAGAGAAGUUUGCAGAUCUUGGAAUGAUACUCAUUCUUUUAAAUAGUAAUAACAUGUACAUAUUUAAUAAAAUUUGAUAUAAUGAAAUUCUGGUGUUUGCGUAAUAAUUGAUUACUUCACAAACAAAUCUCAUAUGCAUUGUUAUACAGAUGGAUUUCGUGUGUUACCUGAAUAAAAAGCACAGUGGGUUAUAGGGCGUUAUCCAUUUGUCACUACUUUUUACUUUAUUUAGAAACAUCAUCAAUGUUGUCAAACUAAUUAGCAAAAAAUAAUAGGCAAGAGACAUUAUUGUGAAAGAGACUACAGUAUGGAAAUUAAUUUUCAAAUACAUAUAUAUAUCCAUCAUUAUUUCUUCCUACACAAAUGAAGCUCUGCCAGUUGAAUAAUUUCUACUCACUUAUUCCAAGAAUUCAUUUAUAGCUAUAUCCAGUUUAAAACAUAACAGUUAAUUAUGCUCUUCUGUGGUUUCACUCAUUUUCCUGCUCCUGUUCUUUGCUCUUGCUUGCUUACACCCAUAGUGAUAUGUUGAUGUUAGCUUAUGAAACUUUCUGGAAAUAAGUUG